AUGAAGGCUCUGCAGAUGUUUGCAAGGGAGUCAACAAAAAGGGGAGGAGUUGUUGGCGCCUGGCAUGCAUUCAAACUUUAUAUUAUGAUCACAGACCCACUAGCAGCUGAGUGCGUCCUGAAGACAUCAUUAGGGAAAGAUGACUUACUUAAAGUCACUCACAUUGUACUGGGCAACGGAAGUUUAUUUGCGUCUGUUCCAAUAUGGCGUCCGCGUCGCAAGAUCCUGGCUCCAACAUUCAGCACGAGGAACUUGAACAGAUUCGUGGAGAUAUUCUCAGAGAACAGCAAUGUGAUGACGAAGCAGAUGCAAGCUGUGGUGGAGAAGGGCAACUUCUCUAUGUGGCCGUUCUUGAAUAAUUAUGCUAUGGAUUCUGUUUGUCAAUCAACGAUGGGAGUGAAAGUAGACGCGCAAAUGAACCCGAACAACCAGAUAGUGAGUGCUAUAGAGACGCUACUGCUGGUCGGUGCCCACAGGAUGACUCACCCCUGGCUGCACACAGACUUCGUGUUCAAGAAGCUUCCGUAUUACACCACAGUUAUCAAAUGCAAGAAUAUCUUCUGCGGGUUUGUUGAUGAGAUAAUACAAUCAACAAGAAAGUCAAAGCAAGUUGAAGGACUAAAGACAGAUACAGCAAAAGGCGAAGCACUAAGAACACUAAUAGACCUGAUUAUUGAGUCUUCGAAGAAGGAAAGUGAGCAAGGGUACUCAGACUUGGAGCUUCGAGAGGAGUCAUUUGUGGUGCUGGUAGCGGGUACUGACACUUCGGCUGUGGGAGCUGCCUUCACGUGUGUGAUGCUGUCCAGGUAUCCUGAGGUACAGGAGAAGGUUUACCAGGAAUUGCAGGAGGUGUUCGGAGAUUCCGACAGGCCAGUUGAGGCAGCUGACUUGCCUCGUCUGAAGUACCUGGAGGCUGUCAUCAAAGAGACGAUGAGGUUAUAUCCUCCAGUGCCCAUCAUAUUGAGGAAGAUCGAGAGCGACGUUACUUUACCUUCGGGAGUGACCUUAGUGGACGGGUGCGGCGUGGUCAUCAAUAUUUGGGGAAUCCAUCACAACCCUCAGUACUGGGGUGAUGAUGUUGAGGAAUUUCGACCAGAGAGGUUCCUGCAGCCUCUCGAAUGUCCAGCUGCCUUCAUGCCCUUCAGCCAUGGACCUAGGAACUGUCUAGGUUACCUUUACGCGACGAUGUCAAUGAAAACCGUGGUAGCAACCGUUGUGAGAAAAUACAAAAUAUUGCCAACAAAAGGCAUCAAUUCUACUGACCUCAAAAAACCUUUGAGAGUUAAAUAUAAUCUCAUGAUGAGAGAUGUUGAUAAGUAUACUAUACAGAUUGAAUCUAGAGAGAAAAUCCAAUAG